AUGGGUAAAAGCAAACUUGCCCCUGUCAAAGGUCAUAGCAUUCCUAGGUUGGAACUUUGUGGUUCUGUAUUAGCUGCUCAUUUGUAUCAAAUUAUUGAUGAACAGUUUGAUGUCUGUUUUGACUCAGUCAAGUUUUACACUGACAGUAAAGUUGUACUGGGAUACCUAUGUAAUAAAACUAGGAGAUUUUACCAAUAUGUGAGCAAUCGUGUUCAGAAGAUUUUGCAUGUUUGCAAGUCUAGUCAGUGGCAUUAUAUUCCUUCAGAGUCAAAUCCAGCUGAUAUCGGUAGUAGGGGUGCAAGUGUUGAGCAAUUGAAACAGAGUUCUUGGUUAAAAGGGCCAGAACUCCUCCCCUUGGCAGAUGAGAAAUCUGGUUUGGAUUGCUUUCCUUUGUUAAACCCAGACCUUGAUAAAGAGGUACGCCCUGUAGUAAAUACCCUGUUGACCAAUGUUUCUCAAGAAAUGUCACUUAAUGGUAUUAUAGAGAAGUUCUCUUCCUUUGAUAGAUUAGUCAGAGCUGUUUCUACUCUGAGGCACAUUGCAGUAUCUUAUCAUAAGAACUUGCCAUGUAAAGGUUGGCAUAUUUGUCCCGAGGCUAAAGAUGUCGACUUUGUCGAAAAGGUCAAAUUGUACAUAUUUAGGAAGGUUCAAAAUGAAGUAUACGCCAAAGAAAUCCAUCUUCUUUCUGAGCAUAAACCAUUGCAUAGGGAUAGUAGUAUCUUGAAUUUAGACCCUAAAAUCGACUGUGAUGGUAUACUUCGUGUUGGUGGUCGCCUUGGUAACAGUAAAUUAUCUGUAUCGGAAAAAAAACCCUAUUCUCCUCCCAGGUAA